GUGCAAGCAGGCGAAUUUAGUUAUCCAUGCAGACAAACAUUUUGUGCAACUUCUUGCGUUAUCUGAGCUCUUUUCAUAUGAAGCACCCAUCUACUCUCCUCGGAACAGGCAGCGAUGAAGCUAUCUGGGCUUUCGGGGUUCAACGUCUCGAUGUUCGAACUCUUGGACAGGUGAACGGUCAAAACGCGUCCGUAUAAAAGUCCAACAGUUUGGCCCCCAACUCAGCUCAGCUUUGACUUUCCUCCCACCCAUCCGUUUCCCAAACGGGCUUCACAAGCACAACCGAAAGUUCCUUGGACCUCUCCACCUCCUUGCCUUUACGUCGUCCACACCCCGGAAGCACCCCUUCCGCCCUCGGAACUAGUUUGGUCAAGAUGGCCGAGAUGCAAGACCAUGCCGUCGCUGACGAGGAGGACAUGGAAGAGGAGUUUGAGGUUUCACCGGAUUUUAUGGAAGUUGAGAAACUUCAAGAUGCCGGUAUCAAUAACGCAGAUAUUCAGAAGCUUAAGAGCAACGGGAUCACCACCGUUCGGGCCGUCCAAAUGACCACCAGCCGGAACUUAUCAAAGAUCAAGGGUCUCUCCGAAGCCAAGAUCGAGAAAAUGAAGGAAGCCGCGGGCAAGCUGCUUCCAUGUACCUUCGUCACCGGCAUCGAGCUGGAGGCCAAGCGCAAGAGUGUCGUCCGUAUCUCCACGGGCUGCAAGGACUUUGACACCCUUCUGGGCGGAGGAGUUCAGACUAUGUCCAUCACGGAAGCUUUCGGGGAGUUCCGAACCGGUAAAACGCAGCUGUCGCAUACGCUUUGUGUUAUGGCUCAGCUGCCGGCUUCUAUGGGAGGCGGUAACGGCAAGGUUUGUUGUCGCUACAUUUGGCCGGGUCUCCAUCGCAAUCGAACACUCACUCUGACCCCCAUCUUUUCCAUCGUCAGGCCGCAUUCAUCGACACGGAAGGCACUUUCCGUCCCGAGCGUAUCAAGUCCAUCGCCGCGCGUUUCAACGUCGAUGGAGAAGCCGCACUCGACAACAUUGCCGUCGCCCGUGCGCACAACAGCGAGCACCAAAUGGAGCUCCUGAACCAUCUCGCCGCUCGACUGUGCGAGGAGCGCCAGUACCGUCUUGUCGUCAUCGAUUCCAUCAUCGCUCUGUUCAGGACUGACUAUAGCGGUCGUGGUGAACUUGCGGAGCGACAGCAGAAGCAACCAGGUAGAGGAAACCCCCGUCUUUCACCGAGGUCGUCACCAUGAACCGCACUUCAUACUCCUCCCGUCUCCUACGCGUAGAUGUGCGCUGACCCUGGAGGU